AUGGUAAAAGAAACAAAAUACUACGAUAUUUUGGGCGUUUCGCCUUCUGCAACUGAGAAUGAACUGAAAAAGGCAUACCGGAAAUUGGCACUCAAGUAUCACCCGGAUAAGAAUCCCAACGAGGGCGAGCGAUUUAAGGCGAUUUCACAGGCAUAUGAGGUUUUAUCGGAUCCGAAAAAAAGACAAGUAUAUGAUGAAGGUGGUGAAGAAAGUCUGAGUGGAGCAGGUGGCGGUGGAAACUUCCAUAAUCCAAUGGAUAUUUUCGAUAUGUUUUUCGGAGGACAUUUCCGAGGAGGUGAAAAAGGUGAACGUAAAGUACGUGAUAUGAUACAUCAAUUGCCGGUGACUCUAGAACAACUAUAUAAUGGAGCUGUGAAGAAAUUGAAACUUUCACGUAAUAUUGUCUGUCCGAAAUGUGGCGGUGUUGGUGGAACAAAGGGUUCCGUAAUCCCUUGUGAGGCUUGUAAAGGACGAGGCGUACGAAUUGAAAUCACGCAAAUUGGACCUGGUAUGGUACAACAAAUGCAGUCAACAUGUAAUGUUUGUCGGGGUGAAGGUGAAGUAAUACCUUCAAAAGAUCGAUGCAAGCAGUGCGACGGAAAGAAGAAGAUUCGAAAUGAAUCCGUUUUGGAAGUUCAUGUUGAUAAAGGAAUGAAGGAUGGACAGAAAAUUGUGUUCUCGGGACAAGGCGAUCAGGAAGUUGGAGUAACUUCUGGUGACGUAGUAAUUAUAUUGGAUGAACAACCACAUGAUACAUUUGUGCGGAAAGGACACAAUCUUGUGAUACAAGUUGAUCUCGAACUGGUAGAGGCACUUUGCGGUUGUACAAGAUCAAUAGCAACACUAGAUUCACGUCAUUUGAUCUUUGGAACAUUUCCAGGUGAAGUGAUAAAACAUGGCGAUAUGCGUACGAUAGUUGGCGAAGGUAUGCCACAUUAUAAGAACCCUUUUGAGAAAGGUGAUCUACUCAUUCAGUUUGCUGUGCGAUUUCCGAAAAAAAUUGCGCAAGUCGAACAGUUGAAGAACUUACUACCAGAUGGUACUCAACCGUUAGUAUCGGAUGAUGCAGAAGUUGUAGAAUUAGAAUUAAUUCAUGAUCGUGGACCUCGUCCGUCGUCAUCAUACGAACAUGAAACACAUGGACCCCAAGGUGUACGGUGUCAAACUCAGUGA